CCGGGAGGCGGCGGUGGGGCAGCGAGCGCUGGGCUCCGGCCCGGCAGCAGGAAGUGACUCGCAGCCGCUGCGGUGACUCUGGCUCCCAGGCUCCUGGCGAGAUCCCCGAGCCCCGGCGGCUGGUGCUGGGAGCCCGGAGCCCUGGCUGCAGCCGGGAGAGGGGAAUCUCCAGCAGGGCCCUUCCCGCUGCUCCCCAGGAGCCUCUCCCAGGGCAGAGCCCCCAGCCCGGCCCGGCCCCUGCCCCGGGGGGCCCCGCUCGGAGGGAAGCAUUUGGCUCAGAGAUGCUGUUAUUGGGAGGGUCUGAAGAGUCUCGGGGGAAUCGAGGUGUGGCAUGGACUGAAGCCCUUUCUGUAACCUCCUCCAUCACCCCAACAGGCUGAGGAAUUGCGUCCACCUUUCUCCCCAGAUGGGCCCGUCUUCCAGGAUGCAGGGAAGGGAAAUGUCUGUGAUGGAGCCUGCUGUGAUGCCGGUGACCUUCGAGGAGGUGGCUGUGUAUUUCACCCAGGGGCAGGGGGCUCUGUUGGACCCCGCUCAGAGAGCCCUCUACAGGGACGUCAUGCAGGAGAACUACGAGAUGGUGACCUCGCUGGGAUUUCCCAUUCCCAAACCUGAGCUGAUUGUCCGGCUGGAACAAGGGGAAGAGCCGUGGGUGCCCGAUCUCCAGGCCUGCGAGGAAAGAAGGCUUCAGAGAAGCACCCAUGCAGCAGGUGCUGAACGAGGGAGUGAGAAUGAGGAGGGGAAUCAUCAUGAGGAAGUUCCCAGGGAAGUGAAACCUCUGGGGACCUUUGUGGGAAGAGCUGAAGGGAAUUUUCCCCGGUGCUUGGAGCAGGCAGAAUCCUGGGGAAGUUGGCACAGGUCAGAGAGGCUUCUGGGAAACCAGCCAGGGAAGAAAGUGGAUGAACCUAUUAAGAGUGGGGGAAGAGAGGAGGAUCCCAGAGCCCAACAGACAAAUCCCAGUGAAGAGACACCCUGGCACUACCUUCAGUGUGGGAAAGGAUUCAUUGUGAGAUCACAGCUUGUGACACGUCAGACAAUCCAUACUGGAGAGAAACCUCUUCAAUGCUUGGACCAUGGGGAAAGCUUCAGUAAGGUCUCAGAUCUUAAUAACCACAGGAGAAGCCACUGUGGAGAAAAACCCUCUCAAUCCCUCGAGUGCGGGAAAUGUUUCAUUUCGGAGACACAAAUAAUUAGACAUCAGUUAAGCCACACACGUGAGAGACCCCACCAGUGCUUGGAGUGUGGGAAAAGUUUCAUACAGAGGUCACACCUUCUUCUACAUCAGGCAAUCCACACAGGAGUGAGACCCUAUAAGUGUUUGGAGUGUGGGAAAAGUUUCAUACAAAGGUCAGGCCUUGUUAGACAUCAGGCAAUCCAUACAGGAGAGAAACCCCAUAAGUGCUUGGACUGUGGGAAAAGUUUCAUACAAAGGUCAGACCUUGUUAAUCAUCAGGCAAUCCACACAGGAUUGAGACCCUACAAGUGCUUGGACUGUGGGAAAAGUUUCAUAAUAAAGUCAACCCUUGUUGAACAUCAGGCAAUCCACACAGGAGAGAGACCCCACAGGUGCUUGGUCUGUGGGAAAAGUUUCAUAAGAAAGUCAAACCUUGUUGAACAUCAAGCUAUCCACACUGGAGAGAGACCUCACAAGUGCUUGGACUGUGGGAAAAAUUUCAUACUGAAGUCACACCUAAGUCGUCAUCAGGCAUUACACACAGGUGCGAGACCCCACAAGUGCUUGGAGUGUGGGAAAAGUUUCAUAUGGAGGUCUGACCUCAUUAAACAUGGAAGAAUCCACACAGGAUCUAAACUUCUGUGACACAUGGCAAGAAAAGGUUAAGCAACUUGCUUGUAAUUGACUCAGAUUCAGGUUUUAGAGAGAGAUUUUAGAAGUUUGUCCACCUUAGAUAAGCUAGAGUUUGACAUGUAAAUGUGUAUUUUUAAGGACUUGGAAGAAGAGGGCAAGUCAAGUCUGAGUAACUUAAUUGCCUUCCAUGAGGAGAUAAGUGGCUCUGUGGAUGAGGUGAAUGUGUUAUACCUUGACUUUUGAGCUGUAUAAGUAGGGGCAUUGCCAGCAGAUUGAGGGAUGUGAUCGUUCCCCUCUAUUCGACAUUUGUGAGGCCUCCUCUGGAGUAUUGUGUCCAGUUUUGGACCCCACACUACAAGAAGGAAGAGGAAAAAUUGGGAAGAGUCCAGCGGAGGGCAACAAAAAUGAUUAGGUGGCUGGAGCACAUGACUUAUGAGGAGAGGCUGAGAGAACAUGGUAUGUUUAAUCUACAGAAGAGAAGAAAGAGGGGGGAUUUGGUCGCUCCUUUCAACUACCUGAAAGGGGGUUCCAAAGAGGAUGGAUCUAGACUGUGCUCAUUAGUACAAGGUGACAGAACAAGGAGUAAUGAUCUCACGUUGCAAUGGGGAAAGUUUAGGUUGGGUAUUAGGAAUAACUUUUUCACUAGGAUGGUGGUGAAGCACUGCAAUGGGUUACGCAGGGAGGUGGUGGACUGUCGUUCCGUAGAGGUUUUUAAGGUCAGGCUUGACAAAGCCCUGGCUGGGAUGAUUUAGUUGGCGGUUGGUCCUACUUUGAGCAGGGGGUUGGAGUAGAUGACCUCUGCAAAGGGUUCCUGUAUUCUGUUAAAUCAGGGAUCAGCUAGGUGCUAAGUGGCCAGUGAUUGCUCAGCUGGCCAUUCACAGCUGUGGAGCCAGGAACAAGAGAGUUACAGUUCACCAGAAGGACGGCUGGACACUCACUUAGGCCACACAUUGAUUGUUGUCUGUCCAGCUGGGGGCUGAACCUCAAAGAGGAGAGUGGUGCAAAAGCACAAGGAAGAGUUGCCUCCAUUGCCACCUCUCCUCUCCCAUCUUUACAGAAGUCAACAAGAUGGCUUUAAAAGCAACAGGGGUCUUGGACUGGGGAGGGCAGGCCAAGGCUGGAAGGAAAUCCAGCCUGGGUAUUCAGAACUGUGAACUGCCUGCAACAGCGGGUGGGGUGGGAAUUCCUAUUUGCUUCACAUCUUCCUUAGUUUGGUAAAAUGUAGGUUUUAAAAUGCAUGUUUUAAUUUUAUAGUUUUAACCCAUUCUGACCUUUUACAUCUUUCUCCCUUGUAAUCCCUGAAAACCUCCUUGCUCCUGUUACUAAAGUGGUUUUAGUGUUUUGUCUGGA